AUGGACGGGUGCGAUCUGGACCAGUCGAGCGGGUCCAAGUCCAAGAACCUGUUGCACGACGCCGGGUGGUUCUGCUCCUCCGUCGAGAACGUCAAGUCCGACCUCGACGAACUGGUAGCCUUCACCGUCGAUUAUCACGUGAUAGAGGCAUACACGUACCUGAUGCGGUACUACGUCGACGGCGACCGGGUCUAUUUAUUUGGGUUCAGUCGCGGGUCGUUCAUUGCCAGGAUACUUGCCGGGAUGAUCGAGCGCAUUGGGCUGCUGAAUCAGGGAUUGGAGGUCAUGGUGAGCACUGCCUGGGAAAUCUACAAAAAAUGGGAGCAGCACGGCCAGCCGAUCGGCAGAGAAUGGACUAGUUCCAGUGCCAGUGUCUUUAAAAAGACUUUCUGUCGGGAGAAGGUGAUCAUCAAGUUCAUGGGGCUGUGGGAUUCCGUCAACUCGUGCGGGAUCUUUCGAGACAGGCUGUUUCCGUUCACCUCCAUUUCGCACCACGUCGAACAUAUAAGACACGCGGUGAGUAUAGACGAGCGAAGAGCAAAGUUCAAGCAGAACCUGUUUAUUCCGCAUUCCUACUUACCGUCCUUGUUCAAUCUCCAAUGCAUUGACCAGGACGACCGGGAUUCCAGCGUCUACUCAGAUUCGGCCGGCGAGCUUGAACAGUUAUUGCACCUCGAGCCGGACUACGUUAAUAGGACGCACGCCUAUGCCAAUCGGCCGGUUCCCACGUCCAACGACCUGGUAGAACUGUGGUUCCCUGGCGACCACAGCGACGUGGGUGGCGGAUGGGCCAACGACAUUGACGGUCAUUCGAUAUCAAAUCUGCCGUUCCGGUGGAUCUUAUCGUCUGCAAUCGAGAUGGGCGUGUUGUUUAAGGAACAUGCUGUAUAUGAGUUUGCAACCAAAUUCACUAGCUUGGAUAGUUUACUGGCGUGCAACCAUGAUUGUCUCCAGUUGAUCAGACACAACUCGAAGCUUCAUGAUGAGCCAGCAGACAUCACAGCACAUACUUCAGUUGUUUCAGACAGAAACUCGCUCGACUCUAACAUAGCUGCCGGGCAUGGCGAGGAUCUUUUCCACCAACCAGAAAAAAAUGUAUUGCAAGUCCCCUCGCACCAGGUGUCUAGAUUUGACGGCCGGGGAACGGAUACCAUCCAAAAGUGUCUCUUCUGGUGGACGGUGGAGGUCCUGCCCGUUGGGUAUUUCAUUGAGAACAAAAAUGGGAGGUGGAGGAGAAUAUACUACCCGAAUUUGGGACGUACAAGGAACCUUCCUCGAAAUGCCAGACUUCACUGGACCGCUCUAUGGCGGACCAGGCUGGUCAGAGACUACAAGCCUAAGAAUCUCCCGGAAAUUUACAGACCGUUGUUCGAUCAGGUCAGGGCGGAGAACGAGGGCAGAAGUGUUAGCGAAGACGAAGAUCUGUGCGACUGUCAGGUUGUCACUAACGAGAACUUGAUCGACCACACGACAGGAGAGAUCAAGCAAGACUGUCUGGUUUGUGAGCACAAUAAAAAGACACGGAUAGAUAUACGCUGGGACGAGGUCCCGGACGAUCUUUCGAAGUGGCUCGAGAGAGACUCCAACCUAUAG